CCGAUUCCUGCAGUCGUGCGGGGUGGGGAGUUUUCCAAGGUCGUCUACCCCGUCUGUCUAGUCGCGUGGUCUAGUCUGACGACUGUCAGAGGUUUUGAGGGGUUUUUUCGCCGGCUCAAUUUUCAUUACGUUUGAUCAGUAAAAAUGGUCGUCCGACAGUAUGACGAAGAGCUCAAGUAUCUCGAAAAGAUAAAUGAUCACUGUUGGCGCAUAAAAAAGGGUUUUCAGCCCAACAUGAAGGUUGAAGGUGUAUUCUAUGUCAAUAAAACAUUGGAACGUUUGAUGCUUGAAGAGUUGAGAAAUUCCUGUCGGCCAGGGCAGGUAGGAGGCUUUUUACCUGGGGUCAAACAAAUCGCCAAUGUUGCAGCACUCCCUGGUAUCGUAGGCAGAUCUGUAGGAUUACCGGAUAUUCACUCAGGCUACGGAUUCGCAAUAGGAAACAUGGCUGCUUUUGAUAUGAACGAUCCGCAGUCAAUCGUUUCUCCAGGUGGUGUGGGAUUUGACAUAAAUUGUGGCGUUCGUCUUCUCCGAACAAAUCUGUUUGAAAAGGACGUUGCUCCUGUGAAGGAACAAAUUGCUCAAAGUUUAUUCGAUCAUAUACCAGUAGGAGUAGGAUCCAAAGGAAUUAUUCCAAUGAAUGCAAGAGAUCUGGAAGAGGCCCUUGAAAUGGGAAUGGAUUGGUCUUUGAGAGAGGGCUAUAUUUGGGCAGAAGACAAAGAACACUGCGAGGAGUAUGGAAGAAUGUUGAAUGCAGAUCCAUCGAAAGUUUCCAUGAGAGCGAAAAAACGUGGCCUUCCCCAGUUGGGAACUUUGGGUGCUGGCAAUCAUUACGCCGAGAUUCAAGUCGUGGACGAAAUAUACGACAAAUUUGCUGCCUCGAAGAUGGGAAUCGAAGAGAAAGGUCAAGUUUGCGUGAUGAUACACUCAGGAAGUCGAGGAUUCGGUCAUCAAGUAGCAACUGACGCUCUUGUGCAAAUGGAGAAGGCCAUGAAACGUGACAAUAUUGAGACAAACGAUAGACAGUUGGCGUGUGCUCAUAUAAAAUCACAAGAGGGUCAGGAUUACUUGAAGUCAAUGGCAGCUGCUGCGAAUUUUGCUUGGGUCAAUAGAAGUUCCAUGACAUUUCUCAGUCGGCAGGCCUUCGCCAAACAAUUUCACAUGACACCUGACGAUUUGGACAUGCAUGUGAUUUACGAUGUUUCUCACAAUAUUGCCAAAGUCGAGGAGCAUAUGGUGGACGGAAAACCAAAGACUUUGUUGGUUCACAGAAAGGGUUCGACCCGAGCAUUUCCACCGCAUCAUCCCCUUAUACCAGUGGAUUAUCAGCUGACUGGACAGCCAGUUCUCAUAGGUGGUACGAUGGGAACGUGCAGUUACGUUCUCACCGGAACAGCUCAAGGAAUGCAAGAAACUUUUGGAUCGACAUGUCACGGAGCUGGCCGUGCUUUGUCGAGGGCGAAAUCUCGUCGAAAUUUGGACUAUCAGCAGGUUCUAAACAAGCUCGAUCAGCUUGGAAUAGCGAUCAGAGUUGCAUCACCAAAACUAGUGAUGGAGGAAGCACCCGAAUCAUACAAGAACGUAACUGACGUCGUUGAUACUUGUCACGCUGCUGGUAUUUCAAAAAAAUGUAUCAAACUCAGACCAAUUGCGGUUAUUAAAGGCUGAAUUAUUUAAUUUUCAAA